AUGAUGGAGUUACUGCUUCAUAGCGGGGCAGAUCCAAAUGCCCCUUCUAUAAAUGACGAAGAGGGACAUAGCACCUUUCUCCAUGCUCUCGAGCGGUGCUGCUCAAAUGAGAUGUUUGAUCUCUUUCUUCAGCGAGGUGCUGAUAUCACAAAGCGUUGGGGCUCUGAAACAGCACUUGAGAUUGCAGUAUCAAGCACUACCAAUGAGUUAAGUGCUGUCAAAAAGGUUAUUGAGAUAUUUUCACAACAUGUAGGGGGGUUAGACUCGACUGUGAUGCAACAAGCUUUGGCAUGCAUCACAGUGGAUAAAGAUAUCCCACCCAAUGCCGAUCUGGUAAAAGCAUUGCUUGAUGCUGGAGCUAAUGUUAAUGCGAUUGACCCCCAUGGAGAGACUUUACUCCAAAAGACACUUAGCGAGCCUGAUGUCGAUGUAGUCAAGUUGCUACUUGAAAGUGGAGCAGAGGUGAACAUCUUGGCAACAGAAGAUAUGGGAACACCCUUACAAACAGCAAUUCUCUACGAAGAGCCAGAGAUUGCGAACCUUUUAAUAGAUUAUGGUGCCGAUAUUAACGCCCUUCCGGCAAAGAAACACGGUGCAACUGCGCUUCAAGCAGCCGCCAUUCAUGGCUACCUUGGACUUGCCAGGAGGCUGCUGGAACAUGGAGCUGAUGUUACUGCAGCUGCGGCACCUAUCGAUGGUAGAACAGCAAUUGAUGCGGCAGCUGAGCAUGGUCGUCUUGAUAUGUUACAGUUGUUACUCAACUCUUUCCCCUGCAAGGAAAAUCUGUCACUUGCCUGUGACCAUGCCGCCUCUUUCGUGGUAAAAGAAGGGCAUACGAGAGUAGUGACUCUGCUGAGGGCCUACACAUCAUGUUGA